GUAGCCAGUCAGUUGAUGUACGACAGUCGAAUGAUGUGCUCACGGACACUUUCAGCAGAGCAGCAAAGAGAGUUGGCAAGAAAUCUUACAUAUUUUCUGUCGACAUACAAACACAUCUCCGAUUCCUUCAUAAUUGUCGCAGUUGUAAAUGAGAACUUGUUCUCAACUAGCCUACCUGGUUAAAUAAAGCUACUAUUGCCUCUUUCACUAUUGGCUUUCCGGGCCACUGCGCAUGCCCUGACGCUCCCCAUGACACCCCAGGGCAAGCAGGGACAUGAAGUGGGCAUGCUGAAGCCAGAGGAGUUCUUGGAGAACAAGAGUCAGAGCUCACUGCUGGGAAACAUGUGGAACCCAAAAAGCAGCAUGAGAUCUGGAGUCUGGGCAAGUUGGUGAAGCAGCUUUGUGACCUGACAGACUGCAAUAGUGUGGUGGAUGUGGGCUCUGGACAGGUAACCUAAUAUUCAGUCUUGUUAUCAGACCUAGGAGUCACACAAUAUUACUUUUUGUAAUCUGCCUAACAAUGAGAUUUGUCACGGUAUAUGAUUUGUCACGAUGUUGUAUAUCCCUACUGGUCUCCCUGGGGCCAUUUGACUUGUUUCUUGUCGUUUGGGCUCGGUCUGUCUGGGACUGGAAUUGAGGCUGAUCCCACUCUAGAUCCAUGGCAUCCAAAUAUGAUGGACAGCUUCUGUGGACGCUGGAGAAGGAGCGGCAGAGGAAGAAUGGACCUCCCCUCUCUAGAUCUGGCCCCUCACCCUACCAUGUGGCUGGCUGGGUCAACCACAAAGCAUCAAGCAGUGUAAAACAUGAACCCCGGUCUAGCUCACUCUCGUUUCCAAAACGUCUCUGCAAGACUAAAGCCGGACAAGGCCCAUAUGUCCACCUACUCUGCCAAGAGUGUUCAUCCACUGAAGUUGUUGUCUGCCCUGUGGAAGAGGGGCAGGGAUGUCCAGAUUUCAUCCUAACAUGCCUCCAUGCCUGCGGGGACCUCAGCGCCACCCUACUUCUCCACUUUGCCAGCUCCCCUCACGUUCAUGGCAUCACCUCAGUGGCGUGCUGUUACAUGAAGAUCACCACGGGCUACAACCCAAACCCCCCUGGCCUCAUAGCCCGUCCCCUUUCCCCUUUGCCCACCAAUGAGACAUAUCACUCAGAGUUUGGCUACCCUAUGAGCUCCUCGGUGCAGGGGUUGCCAGGACACCAGCUGUCCUAUAAAGCGCGGGAGGGGGUGUGUCAUGCCAUCGAGGACUACGUGCACAGGCUGCGGGAGGAGAGUGGGUUGCUAAGGAUGCACUGUUAUCGGGCAACGCUGAAGACAGUUAUCAGGGAGGUGAAGCCGGGACUGCGCGGGCCGGGAGUCCAGGCAAUAAAGAAAGCACAUCUACUACCCUUUACAGGGUAUGCCCGUCUGGGCCUGCCCCUGGACACCUGCAGAGUGGGGGCCAUGCUGAGGCAGGAGAGUCGUGUGGUGGUAUACUUCAGCCUGACUCUGCUACUGGCACCGGUGGUGUAGACUCUGGUGCUGCUGGACAGGAUGCUAUACCUUCAGGAGAAAGCAGCCGACAAGGGACAAGGAGGCCGAGUGUACACUUCCAUAACCAAGGACAUCUCUAAAAUCGUGUGUUGUGUUCAGAGUUUACUCCCUUACUCAUUGGUGCUCAAAGACUUUGGAGUGGAAGUUUAGAAAGCGUCGGGAGUAGUUCACAUGGAGCCAGCUGUCUUCCAUACACAUCUGCUGAGAACCCAAGACAGUGACCAGCUGUAAGUAGAAAGAAAGAGGUGAAGCAAGAGGUUUUACUCCGCCCAAAAUCUGUCCACGAAAAAUAAGCCCAUGAAUUUCUGCACAAAUCGUCUGAAACCAUCUCAGGGAAGCUCAUCCGCGUGCUCGUCAUCCUCACCAGGGUAUUGACCUGACUGCAGUUUGGAGUCGUAACCAACUUCAGUGUGCAAAUGCUCACCUUCGAUGGCCACGAGCACGCUGGAGAAGUGUGUUCUUCAUGGAAGAAUCCCGGUUUCAACUGUACCGAGCAGGUGGCGUGUAUGGCGUUGUGUGGGCGAGCGGUUUGUUGUGAACAGUGCCCCAUGGUGGUGGUUGGGUUAUGGUAUGAGCCGGCAUAAACUUUGGACAACAAACACAAUUGCAGUUUAUCAAUGGCAAUUUGAAUGCACAGAGAUAUCGUGACGAGAUCCUGAGGCCCAUUGUCGUGCCAUUUAUGCACAGCUCCAUGUCGCAAUGAUGUGUACACAAUUUCUGGCAGUACAUGACAGUACAUUAGCCAUGGGAUAUGACAGUACAUUAGCCAUGGGAUAUGACAAUACAUUAGCCAUGGGAUAUGACAGUACAUUAGCCAUGGGAUAUGACAGUACAUUAGCCAUGGGAUAUGACAGUACAUUAGCCAUGGGAUAUGACAGCAGCAGGUCAGAUAUGUAUAGGCCUACUACAGUAUGUUCCAUACAUUCACUCUCUCUCUCUCACCAUUGUCCCUUGCUGGGCACCCAAAAGGGUUUGCCAGCAUUUAUCACCUCAAAUGACAUCACAUGGAAAUAAUCUCCCUCUGUAUACUUAUGCGCUCAUAACAGACUCUAACUACCAAAUUCAAAUUCUACCGGUGGUGUAGACUCUGGUGCUGCUGGACAGGAUGCUAUACCUUCAGGAGAAAGGUAUAAAGAGUCAGCUGGUGCCACUCUUUGACCCUGCUUUCUCUCCCUGAAACCUGGUACUGAAGCAGCCGACAAGGGACAAGGAGGCCGAGUGUACACUUCCAUAACCAAGGACAUCUCUAAAAUCGUGUGUUGUGUUCAGAGUUUACUCCCUUACUCAUUGGUGCUCAAAGACUUUGGAGUGGAAGUUUAGAAGUGAGUAUCUGUGUCCGAAUAUCCGUACUACACACUUAAACUGCAUACUAUGUACUCAUUGUCGCAAACUAUUUUGCACGUACCGUUUAGUAAAAAGUAUGCCACGGCCACAACGCAGUAGCGGCUCCUGACUGUCUGAGUAGGUGGGGCGGUGCAGAGUACGGGGGGAUUUUUCAAAAUUCAAAAGACAUGCAUUAAUUAACCAGCCCAUUUCCAAUUCAGUUAAUUUCUCUAAACUCUUAAUAGUCAUGACGUAAUAGUGGUCUUGAUGUCCUUUGGGUGGUGAACCAUUCUUGAUAUACAUGGGAAACUGAUGAGUGUGAAAAACCCAGCAGUGUUGCAGUUCUUGACACAAACCGGUAUGACUGGCACCUACUACCAUACUCCGUUCAAAGGCACUUUAAAUCUGGUUUUGGUUUCGUUAACAUAUUUAGUGAAACCCAAGUGCAUAUAUACAUUAAAUCAAAUACCGAGGACACACACCAACAUUUUUCAAAUGUUAAAAUCAACAAAAAACGUAGACAUGCCGGUGCAUCGCAGAUUCAAAACUGUUGGACAGCAACAGAAAACUAAAGCACUGAUAACUGGGAACGAGAUCAGAAUGACUGCUAAGGCCUUCAAACCUAAAACAAUCCAUGUGUUCAAAUCAAAAGGCCUGAUUAACAUGACAAUAACGCAGCCACAUCCAGGGUCCCCACUACUGACGCAUUAAAACAUCUAAAGAUGGUUUACUUUAAAAGCUCUGAUGAACAAUACUUUAAUGAGAACAGAAAUCCACUUUGCGUCAAUAAAUGUUUUCAAAAGAUGUAGCCUGAUGCAGCAACACGCAUCAUUUUAAAGAAAACAAAAACUACUUGGCCUACAGUACAUUUGAACACCACCGCAGAAGCUUUGCUAUUUGGCAUCUUUCC